AUGGGUCCCUAUCUUACAACACCAAAUACUUAGAAAGAAACGUAUUAAGGAGAAAAUGAGAAAUUCAUCUUCGCUGCUACCCAUAUGCAAGGUUGGAGAAACAACAUGGAGGAUGCUCAUAUUUCAUAAUUGGAUAUUGAGCCAGGAGUGUCUUUAUUUGCUGUGUUUGAUGGUCAUGGAGGGAAAGAAGUAGCUAUCUAUGCUGAAAAACAUUUUCAAGAAGAAUUAUUGAAAAAUCCAAAUUACAAGUAGAAAAACUACAAGCAAGCUUUAAUUGAGACCUUCUUGAAAAUUGAUGAAUUAUUAUUUCAACCACAAGGACAAGAAGAAUUGAUAAAGAUUAAAGGAAGUGGUGAUGAAUUAUAAGCUGGAGCAACUGCCAAUGUUGCUUUGAUUGUAAAUAAGACUAUUUAUCUGGCUAAUGCUGGAGAUUCAAGAGCCAUGCUAUGUAGAGACAAUAAUCCUUUGGAUUUGAGCAAAGAUCAUAAGCCAGAUGAUGAAAAAGAAAAGUAAAGGAUUGAAACAGCUGGAGGUUUUGUGUAAAAUGGAAGAACAAAUGGAAGUUUAUCUUUGAGUAGAGCAAUUGGAGAUUUAGAAUACAAAAAGGACUAGAAAUUUAGAUAGGAUGAAUAAGUAAUUAUAGCAGUACCAGAAGUUAGAGUGGAAGAAAUUCAAGCAAAUGACAAAUUCUUAUUAAUGGGAUGUGAUGGAGUCUUUGAAAUUUGGAGUCAUAAAUAAAUAAUCGAUUAUGUUAAUUCUCAAAUGAGGUAAGUAGUGACGAAAGAAGAUAUUAGGAUUGCAGCAGAAGGAUUACUUGACUCUGUAAUCGCAAAGGAUACAUCAAAUGGUACUGGAUGCGAUAAUAUGACAUGCAUCAUAGUAUAUUUUAAGUAAUGAGGAUUUAUAAGAUGUUAUUAAAUAUCCUUUUAUUUUAUUCUAUA